UAUAUGUGUGAUGGAUAGGACAUUUCUGUGUCUCCAAAUCUGCUUUAAUUAAUAAUAUAUUUUAAUUAGAAUUAAUUAAUUAAUCAAGCAAUUUUUGUGACCGUCGAUCAAAAUGCCCGGAAUUGCUUUUGGACGGUUCGAUGACUCCUUCAGCUUCUCCUCGGUGAAGGCCUACAUCGCCGAGUUCAUCUCCACUUUGCUCUUCGUCUUCGCCGGCGUCGGCUCCGCCAUUGCUUACAACAAAUUGACGUCGGACGCCGCGCUCGAUCCGCCGGGGCUGGUGGCGAUCGGAGUGUGCCACGCACUGGCGCUGUUCGUAGCCGUCGCCGUCGGUGCGAACAUCUCCGGCGGACACGUGAACCCCGCCGUGACGUUCGGUCUCGCCGUCGGAGGCCAAAUUACGAUCCUCACCGGAAUCUUCUACUGGAUCGCUCAACUGCUCGGCUCCAUCGUCGCCUCCUUCCUCCUCAAAGUCGUUACAGGCGGCCUGACAAUCCCAACCCACGGCCUCGGCGCCGGCGUCGGCGCCGUCGAAGGCGUGGUGAUGGAGAUCAUCAUAACGUUCGCACUGGUUUACACGGUGUACGCAACCGCCGCCGAUCCGAAGAAGGGUUCGUUGGGAGUGAUAGCUCCGAUCGCCAUAGGGUUCAUAGUUGGGGCCAACAUUCUGGCGGCGGGGCCAUUUUCCGGCGGGUCGAUGAACCCGGCCCGGUCGACCGGACCGGCGGUGGCCAGCGGCGACUUUACGGAUAUAUGGAUAUACUGGGUGGGCCCACUCGUGGGAGGGGGGCUGGCCGGGGUCGUCUACAGCAACGUGUACAUGCAGCAUGAGCAUCAGCCAUUGGCAUCUGAAUUUUAAUUUCAGUUCAGUUCAUUUCAGGAUUUGAUUUGAUUGUAUCCUUUGUUUCUUUCUUCCUUUCUUGAUCUUGUUUUUCUGUAAGUUUAAAUUUCUGGUUGUUUGAAAUCCCUUUGGAUCAUCAGUGCUAAGGUAAUUUCCUUGUUUGCAUCUGUAAUAAUUUAAGGGGAAGAAUUAUUGUGCUUCUUUUGUCUGAAA